CGUGCAUCCGCUGCUCAGUGCAGCCGGCUGGAGAGGCUCGGCAACAUGUCGCACUUACAGAUGAAACUCCUGCGCAAGAAGAUCGAGAAGCGGAACGUCAAGCUGCGGCAGCGGAAUCUGAAGCUGCAAGAAGCAUCAGACCCAAGCGUAUCACAGCCUCAGAAUGGAGAUGUGCCUAAAGAAGGGAAAGCUAAGAAGGCCAAAAAGCAUUCUGUGAGUGCGGGCUCAGCGGAAGCACAGAGUGGAGGCCUGCCUGAAGAGACAGUGGGACACUCGGAAGCUAAAAACUCACCGCAGAAACCUACCACUUUAACGAAUGGAGAGACAGCCGCGACUCCAUCUCCUGACUCAGAACCGAAGAAGAAAAAGAAGAAGAGAAAGAGGAAAAUGGCAAAUGAUGCGGGACCUGACACCAAGAAAGCAAAACCGGCAGAAAGCACUGGGACUCAAGAGGAAGCAGAAAGUGGCGGGGAGAAGCCGAAUGACAGGGAGGUGCCCAGCCUGCCCCUGGGACUGACAGGCGCUUUUGAGGACACUUCCUUUGCAUCCUUGUCUAACCUUGUCAAUGAGAACACUCUGAAAGCUAUAGAAGAAAUGGGCUUCAAGCGCAUGACUGAGAUCCAGCAUAAAAGUAUCAGGCCACUUCUGGAAGGCAGGGAUCUUCUGGCAGCCGCGAAAACAGGGAGUGGUAAAACCCUCGCUUUCCUCAUCCCCGUGAUCGAGCUCAUUGUCAAGUUGAAGUUCAUGCCUAGGAAUGGAACAGGAGUCCUGAUUCUCUCUCCUACCAGAGAACUGGCCAUGCAGACCUUUGGCGUUCUAAAGGAACUGAUGACACACCAUGUCCACACGUAUGGGCUGAUCAUGGGUGGCAGUAACAGGUCUGCUGAAGCACAGAAGCUCGUCAAUGGCAUCAACAUCAUCGUGGCCACCCCAGGCCGGCUCCUAGACCACAUGCAGAAUACUCCGGGGUUCAUGUACAAGAACCUCCAGUGUCUGGUUAUUGAUGAGGCUGAUCGUAUCUUGGAUGUCGGGUUUGAAGAAGAAUUAAAGCAAAUUAUUAAACUUUUGCCAGUCCGCAGGCAAACCAUGCUCUUUUCGGCCACACAAACUCGAAAAGUUGAAGACUUGGCAAGAAUUUCCCUGAAAAAAGAGCCAUUGUAUGUGGGUGUUGAUGACGAUAAAGAGGUUGCCACCGUGGAUGGGCUUGAGCAGGGAUAUGUUGUGUGUCCCUCUGAGAAGAGGUUCCUUCUGCUCUUCACAUUCCUUAAAAAGAACCGGAAGAAGAAGGUGAUGGUCUUCUUUUCCUCGUGUAUGUCCGUGAAGUACCACUAUGAGCUACUCAACUACAUUGACCUGCCUGUCUUGGCCAUCCAUGGAAAGCAAAAGCAAAAUAAGCGAACAACCACGUUCUUCCAAUUCUGCAACGCAGAUUCAGGGAUACUGCUGUGCACAGAUGUGGCGGCCAGAGGACUGGACAUCCCUGAAGUGGACUGGAUUGUUCAGUAUGACCCUCCUGAUGACCCCAAGGAAUAUAUCCAUCGUGUGGGUAGAACGGCCAGGGGUCUGAAUGGAAGAGGGCACGCCCUGCUCAUCCUACGCCCUGAAGAAUUGGGUUUCCUUCGUUACCUGAAGCAAUCCAAGGUUCCACUGAAUCAGUUUGACUUCUCCUGGUCUAAAGUGUCUGAUAUUCAGGCUCAGCUGGAAAAGCUGAUCGAAAAGAACUACUUUCUCCAUAAGUCCGCACAGGAAGCUUACAAGUCCUACAUACGAGCCUAUGACUCCCACUCGCUCAAGCAGAUCUUCAAUGUGAACAACUUAAAUUUGCCUCAGGUGGCUCUGUCUUUUGGUUUUAAAGUCCCUCCUUUUGUUGAUCUGAACGUGAGCAGCCACGAUGGCAAGCUUAAAAAGAGAGGAGGUGGCGGCGGAUUCGGCUACCAGAAAACAAAGAAAGUGGAGAAGUCCAAGAUCUUUAAACACAUCAGCAAGAAGACGACAGACCGCAGGCAAUUCUCUCACUGAAGGGGGCGGCCCCCGCCUGGACUGACUUUGCCCUAACUUCCCCUUUCUCUUUAAAAAGGAACCUUUUUUAUCACCUUUAGAAUCUUCUUGUCUUUACUAUGCUGAUAGUAUUUUAUUUUUAAAUAUUCCCAUAAAACAAAUC